AUGAAUACUAUUCACGAAAUUUCUGUUUCUGAUAGGCUGCGAAAAAAAAUUGUGAAAACAAGUUACUAUAAUGAGUCUGCUGGUAAAAGUGAUAUUGGUAAUGCUGGUUCGUAUGAUCGACAUGGAAAUCCUAUUGGCAAAGGGUACGAUCUAGGUCAAGACGGCUCAUUUACAGAAUAUAGUAUUUUAAUCGGACAGCUAUAUUUAGGCGGUGAACUUUCCGAUGCAGAAAUGCAAAAGCCGAUUGAGGCCCUGAAAGUGAAAGGCUUUCAAGUCAAACAUGUGAGAGGUGAAAGUGUAUUCUUGUCCGAACUUCGAUCAAAACGCUACCAAAUAGCAUGGGUCAUUAGUACGAGUUCCAUUGCUGAUGCUACAUUCAUUUCGGCUCUAAUGGAAUUCCAUUCGGGUGGUGGAGCCAUUUUCUUGUUCGCCGACAACACACCCUAUCUCUCUCACGCCUCUGAAUUUCUCAACAGAAAGUUUGGUGUUACUCUUACAGGCGACUUCCAUGGCGGUCAAACACUCGCUUACAAAGAGAACGGUCAUCUGGUAGCAGGACAUUUUGGACAGCAUGAUAUUUUCACUGGAAUAAAACAUCUUUAUGAAGGUAUCACUAUUUGUCAUCCAGUCCAUUCCAAUUCGGCAAGUAGAACCAUAUUAAUGACAGUGGCUACGGCUACUGAUGGAAACCCAUGCAUUUCUGCAUUUGAUCCACCAGCGAACUCAAAGGAAGGACGUUUGUGUUUGGACUGUGGUUUCACAAAAUUAUUUAUUAACUGGGAUGACGCGGGCACAGCACGUUAUAUUGUCAAUGUUAGUUGUUGGCUUACUGGGAUCGACAGACGUCAUAAAUUCUAG